AGGUAAAAAGCGAUAAAAGGGUUAGGAAUAUUUCGACUGUUUAUGAAUGGCUUUCUUCCUUUUUCACACAAGGCUAGCAAGAUUGACAGGAUUUACUGGCAAAAGAGCUAGAGUUUUUCCUGAUUUGAUGUCAAAAUAUGGACUUGUUAGAACAGUAGUGACGAAAACGAAAGGCAAUUCAAACACACUUCUAAUUGGAUGGCGCCCUCCAUGGAAUCCGAAAUUACUUUCAGACGUGAAAGGGUUUUCCUCAAAAUCCUCAAGUAUGAAAUCAAGAAUUUUACAAGGGUUUCGAUAUUUUUGCUUGGCUGGUGGUGUAGUAUUUUGGUCGUGCGUUGCUGUUUCCUUGACGUUAAGUGCGACCGGAUUGUUAACAUUUGGGAUCGAGGAGGAGACAGUACAACUAAAGCACACAAACCCCCAUAUGGCAAAACACAUAGCGUCCAUGUUUCAGUUAUAUGACGAUCCCGAAGAUUUAUUAGAUGUGACGACUCUUAUGGAAGACAAAAAAGAUGAAUACGCUUUGAAGAGAGCGGCUUACAACUCAACCUGGAAAAAGCUGUCAAAUGAAGAAGGUUUCCGAACAAAGUUUGGAGACGAGGUGCUUGUGAUAGGGUAUAACCGCCAAGAAGUCUCUUUAAUUGAAGCACGUGACAGAACAGGAAAAGAAAAUGUUCACAAAAAUGAAGACAGAUGGAAAGUGUGUGUUUUCAUUGUUGGUUCUAAAGUAUCUGGUCUGGUGACGAUGGAAUUUCACAAAGUGACAAAAGGUGAAAUCAAGUGGGUCCCUGUGUCACUUUCUGUGGAAGAGAUACCAAGAUCAGGAAUUAAGAUCUGUGAUGUGUCUGCUCCUCUUCCCAAUGGUGUCUCAAAAUUUACCAGAUUCAUGAAUGAUGACUUGUGACUUCUAUUUUCGUGUAGUGCCUUGACAGACUAGACCAUAGUUAUGGGGGGCUGGUGACAGGUUAGGGAAAGGAAAACAAAAUUAAAUAUG